CUCUUUUUCUCGACUCUUGGUUGAGGCACCAGUCAUGAGUACCCUGAGGCUUCAGAAGCGUUUAGCUUCCAGCGUUUUAAAAUGUGGAAAAAAUAAAGUGUGGCUGGAUCCUAAUGAAAUCAAUGAAAUAGCCAAUGCUAACUCGCGACAAAAUGUUCGCAAACUUAUAAAAGAUGGUCUGAUUAUUCGUAAACCUGUUGCAGUCCAUUCACGGGCCCGUGUGCGAAAGGCAGCUAUUGCUAGAAGGAAGGGUCGUCAUAUGGGUUACGGUAAAAGAAAGGGUACUGCUAAUGCUCGUAUGCCUGAAAAAAUUGUGUGGAUUCGACGCAUGCGAGUCUUGAGGAGGUUACUCAGAAAAUACAGGGAGGCCAAAAAAAUUGAUCGUCAUCUUUACCAUGCAUUGUACAUGAAAGCCAAGGGUAACGUGUUCAAAAACAAACGUGUAUUGAUGGAAUAUAUUCACAAAAAGAAGGCAGAGAAAGCCAGAAGCAAGCAGCUCUCUGACCAAGCGGAAGCCCGUCGUGUGAAGACCAAAGAAGCACGUAGACGUCGUGAAGAACGUCAAGCUCUGAAGAGACAGGAACUUUUGAAAACAUUUGCUAAAGAAGAUGAAGCUGCAAAGAAAUAAACCAUCAAAUUUUGAUGUAAUUAAAAUAACAACUGUAUUUUCUAUGGAUAUUACAUAUUGCCUACCAUAGAGUAAAA